AUGGAAGAUUCGACAUUAGAAUCAUGUGGUGGUGGUAAUGGUCGUCCAACAAAUUUUCUGGUGAAAACUUACCAGGUGGUCGAUGAUCCAUCUACUGAUGCUAUAGUGUCAUGGAGUCCAAAUAACAACAGUUUCAUUAUUAAGGAUCAUAUUGAAUUUGCCAAGAAUGUUCUUAGGAAUUAUUUCAAUCAUGACAAUUUCUCCAGCUUCGUCCGUCAGCUCAAUUCAUAUGGGUUUAACAAAAUAAAUCCUAAUAAAUGGGAGUUUGCUAAUGAAUAUUUUCUGAAAGAUCAAUAUCAUCUUCUUGGUAAUAUUCAUCGCAAAAAAGCUGUUCACAGUCACUCUCGUGGAGAAGUAGAAAGAUUUGAAUUUGAAGAAGAAAUUGAAAAACUUUCUAAUGAAAAAGCGUCAAUUGAAUUGGAUAUUGCUAGCUUCGAGAAGAACAUGCAAGCUAAGAAGCUUCAUGUGGAAAAUCUAAUGAAAAAAUUAGAAGCAUCUGAAAAUAGGCAUAAUAAUUUGAAGAACUCGUUUGAAAUGGUUCUUCAAAAUCCUGAAUUUAUUGAAAAGAUGAAUAAGAAAAUUGAGUUCAUUUUUUCCUUAAAAUGUUCCAAUAAAAGGCAUGUUGCUGAAAAUUCUUUUGUUGACAAUGAUAACAACAAUGGAGUUAUGGAAGCUGGAAAUAGUAUGGCUGAUAAUGAUAUCAACUUGAGAUUGAAAAAAGUUGGAAAUGAUUUUACUGGCAUUGAUACAAAUUUUGAAGAAACUUUUGAUGAGAAUGAUAACAUCAUUGAAUUUAUGGAAGAUGGAGAAAGUGUAUAUUACAGGAUUAUGGAAAGAAACACAGACAACAACAACUUUUGA